CUGCAGCGGGGACGGCACCAUGAGGAAGAACAUAGACGUGUGGAAGAAAUGGACGACUAGCAACAGCCUGCACCUCCACGGGCUCCAGCUGCGCAUCGCAGUGCGCGGUGUUGAACAGCUGGCUGUGGGAGGGAGGAUGGUGUACUCCACCUGUUCACUCAACCCUAUAGAGGACGAAGCUGUCAUCGCAGCACUGCUGGAGAAGAGCGAAGGAUCGUUGGAGCUGGCCGACAGCUCAGCUGAUCUGCCAGGGCUGAAAUGGAUGCCUGGGGUCACUUCCUGGAAGCUGAUGACCAAGGAGGGCCAGUGGUACUCUGACUGGUCCGAAGUUCCAAGCAGUCGUCACACACAGAUCCGCCCAACCAUGUUUCCGCCAAAAGACCCAGAGAAACUUGCUAGCCUGCAUCUGGAGAGAUGUAUGAGGAUUCUGCCACAUCACCAGAACACUGGAGGUUUCUUUGUGGCUGUGCUGGUGAAAAAAGCACCGAUGCCUUGGAACAAAAGAUAUCCCAAGCUGAGGAGGGACGUCCCGUCCAUCUCAGCGGCCCAGCCUGAAGGCUCCCCAGAGGCCUCGACCCCCACAGACACUGCCGUGGAGGAGGGAGAGGGGGGAGGCCCAGAGGGAAAAAUAGACGGGGAUGCAGAAGAGGAGGCACCCAAAGGAGCUUCCUUGGCCCAGGAGAAAAGCGCUAAACAAGACGGAGUAUGUGGGCCUCCAGCCUCUAAGAAGAUGAGGCUGUUUGGUUAUAAAGAGGACCCCUUUGUGUUCCUUACUGAAGAUGACCCCGUCUUCACCACCAUACAAUCUUUCUAUGAUCUGUCACCCAACUUCCCCAAGCUCAAUGUUCUGACAAGGACCCACGAGGGCAAGAAGAGACACCUGUACAUGGUGUCCAAAGAGCUCCGCAACGUGCUGCUCAAUAACAGCGAGCGUAUGAAGGUCGUUAACACAGGGGUGAAGGUGUGGUCUCGCAACAGUGAUGGAGAGGAGUUUGGCUGUGCCUUCAGACUGGCUCAGGAGGGUAUCUACACUCUUCAGCCGUACAUUCGCUCCAGGAUAAUCCGAGUGAGUGUGGAGGAUAUCAAAGUGCUGCUGACCCAGGAGAACCCCUUCCUCAGCAAACUGGAGGACGACGCUCACGCUCAGGCCAAGAAAAUGGUUAUGGGUAGCAUUGUGUUGAAGUACAUUCCCAACCCAAAUAACCCAUCGGAGCCUCAGUGUCCCAUCCAGCUGUGUGGCUGGAGGGGGAAGACAUCCAUCCGAGCCUUUGUCCCCCGCAAUGAGAGGUUUCAUUACCUCAGAUUGUUAGGCGUGGAGGUGUUCAGGGACAAACAGGGCCAGGGGCAGAAACGGAGGGAUGAAGAAAAGGAGGGUAAGGUGGAGGAUGAGGUGGAAAAGGACGCAGUGGAGGAAGGGCAGGCGGAAAAUGAGGCAGAGGUGGACGCUGAGAACGGUGAUAAAAACCAAUCAUCAGAACCAAAGCCCGACAGCGGCAACAAGGGGACUAGCAGCUGAGAAUCAAGAGGAGACAACAGAGACAAAGGAGGAUUGACUGAAACGUAUUGGAGCUCUAAUAACUGGUGACGAGGUCAGAGACCACAUUUUGCGGUAGAGGAGGGUGACGUGCCUCCCAUGGGUUUCUCCGUUUACCACACUGCCACUGCAGAAGAAUUCCUUCCUAGAGAUGGACUCCCUUGGGAUACUAAAUGUUUCAAUCCCCUCCAGGUGUCCGCUUUUUAGGUAUAUCGGUUAUCUUAUUUUAUUUGGUUGUUUUUUUUAUUUUAUAUUUUAACAAGAUUUAUUCCACUAACCAAGUGACAUCAGUUUUAUUUCAGUUGCUCAUGUUCAGAGAGGUUUAUAUGAACUGCCAUCUCAUUUUCUACACUUGUAAUUAAGCAGAUAUAUGGAGUUGAUUAAAAGUGUUAAAGGUUAACUGUGUCACCACCUGUUUGUACUCAUUCUUUGUCUACUGAAGUAUUAAAGCCAUGCUUGUGAAGG